AAAAAACUUGAUAGGAUACGCUGAAACAAAUAAAGAAUCUGCGUGUAUUAUAUAGAUUUGCCAUCAUCUGGAUCUGUAACAAUCUGUAAUCUGUUAUUUAGGAUCUAUUCUAGAUCUAGUAAUCUUACCUUGUCGUCAAUACUCCUUUUCUUUUCAGAUCGAAGAAAAGGAGCAGAAUGAAUGUCAUUCGUCCUCUGGCAUUUUUGAUGCCAGAAGCAGGUCUAAAGAUAGCCUUCAUAAUUCUGAAUCAUCAUACAGAUUUUCAUUUGAUUAAGCAUUUAUGGAAGAAAAGUGUGUUUACAGCUGUUGUUGAUGGUGCCGUGAACCACUUGCAUUCCAGUAUUAGUCAAGAACAGUACCUGCCUAGCAUCAUCACUGGAGACUUUGAUUCAGCUGACCCUGACUUACUGGAAUAUUAUAAAAAUCAUAAAGUACCUGUGGUUGCUACACCAGAUCAAGAUGAAACAGACUUUACCAAGUGUUUGAGAAUAGUAGUCGACAAAAUGGGAACCUGCUCGGUAAAGCAAAUUUUAGCUGUUGGUGCUUUUGGGGGACGAAUGGAUCACACUUUUGCCAAUGUAAAUACUUUAUACACUGCCUUGAAGCUGACUAAAGUUCCAGUGCUGCUUGUGGCUGAUAACUCCAUGUCUGUUUUGUUGGACAAGGGAGAGCACACUCUACACUGUGACACUGGCUAUGAAGGUGAUUGGUGUGGCUUGAUUCCCAUUGGCCAACCUGCAGAUCAUGUGACUACCACUGGUUUGAAAUAUAAUCUUACAAAUGACAGGAUGAACUUUGGUGAUUUGAUCAGCACAUCCAACUCUCUUGCUGGCUCUGUUGUGACUGUCACCACUGACCAGCCAUUGCUUUGGGUCAUGGGAUUUACUGAUUUAAAAGGAAACUAACACUUCAAACAGGAUUUGCACUAAGUUCAUUGAUGACUUGUUUUUCUUAAUACACAAUGUUGUUACAACUCAUCAUAUUUAUAAGAAAUGUUACCAGUGAGACAUUGCUUUAUAUGCAAUGUUUUAAUUCAUAAUUCAAUCAGAUUUUGUUUAUUAAAUACAUCAUAUGCCUGUUAAGUCAAAAACUUGUCAUUGCAUGAUUUGUACAAGAGCUCAAUUUGAAUGUAAAAAAAUAAAAGAAAAUAAAAGUUUCAUUGGUUGUGAUGGUUAAUGUAAAAAGAAAAUUAUAAUCUUUUAUCAGCAUAAUGGUAACAGAGUGUUAAUUUUGUCCUUGUUAAAAACAAGUCUUUCAUUUUUUAGCUUUGCCUUUGUCUUCAAUUCAGCAUUAGCAUUCCUUCACCGAUUGGUUUACAUGAAGUUGUAACAUGAUAACUUUGCAGUCGCUGAUAAAGUAUAUUUAUUUAUGGAAUGUGUUGAAGUCUUGAUUUUUUGUUCCCAUUGACACAAGUAUUGGACAUGUUCUAAGGAAUUUGCUAAAAAUGAGCUAUUCUACAGAUUGCUAUUGUCCCACAGAAACUUGGCCAAAACUUUUCAUAACCCUUGGUGUGAUUUUGUAGUCUUUUUGCUUAUAUUGUUUAUGUAUAUGAUAUUUAACUCUUUCUUCUAUUUGACAAUACCAUUUAAUUUGACUCCAUUAAAUUAUUUCUUUUUCUUUUUUUUUGUAAACAUUAAUUUGUGUCAUAUGAAAAGAGCAUGUAUUUCCUUUCAAUUCUAUACCAAAUAAAGCAUUAUCUGAUAACAAAGUUUUAGAAGUUAAAUCAUAACAGAGAAGUGAACUACAAAUGAACAAAAUGAAUAAUUCCUCGGAUCUUGGAAAAUAAUUACGGAGAGAAAGAGUUAAAAUUAUUUUGUUUUGAAUCUUUGGAACAAAAUUAACAUGUUAUCAUUUUUAUUUCUAGUCCAAAUAUAAUAUUACUUUUAGAACAAAUUAUUUUUUUGUUGUUAUUUAUUUAAAUUACAGUAUCAUAUAUAGAUAAAUAAAGAAGCAAUAUCUUUUUUUUUUGUUUGUUUACACAAAUAAAUGUUUGUGAUAUAGUCCAAACUUACUCAAGAAUAGUCUUUUUUUUUUAUACCAAAACAAUGUAUAUAUUUGUUUGUAUCUCAUGUUGCUCUACAUUAUUUUGUUUGUUUGUUACUGUCUUGUAUACUUUUUAUUGUUAAUAUUUUGAUUAAAAUUCUUCAGAAGUGGGUGGUAUGUUGUUUUCGUGUAAUAGAUUUCAUAAUAAGGUUGUAAUCAAUGUGGCCACUUUCUAGUCUUGGUAAUACUUUGAUGUGGCAGAUAUCCUAGUCAUUCUGGUACUAAAGUUUAUUUUUUGUCUUUUGUUUCGGUGCUCAUGUUUAUGUGUCCUUAUGUUGAUAUCUUUACUUAAUUACAAGCAAAAAUUAAACCUAUGACAUUUUCAGACAAUAAUAAAGGAAAAGAAAAUGAAAUAGAGUAAAAUAGUUUUAUUCUGUACAUUAAUGAAAAAAAAUGACAAAGGAUGAUUAGUCUACAUUUCCCCGCACUCUGAUAUUGUGACAGGAAUUUUGGGUUUAUUAUUUGGGCCAACAGGAACAUUUUCAAUUUUCCUAAGCACAAGAUGACCAUCAAUAACUUUACC